GGAGGAGUUUUUAAUGUUCAGUUUGUUCUAUGGAUCGAUGUUUCCUGGCAUCGCCUUGCGCUGCCUGCUCCGUGCGUGAUAUAGUCUACCAUCCCCACACGUUUACGCUCUUCCUUCCAUAGCCUAUAAGCUAUUCAAUACAGAGCGCACAAAACCUGACUGGCAUCUGACGGACGUCGUCCUAUGGCUUUGACGGACCCAAACGGAAAGAAAAAAGAAGACAAUACGCCCUGCAUGAUCUAAGAACGGAGGUGAAAGAAGAAUAUCCGCACUGAUAUCUGCUUUGCCCAGGCAACGCGUUUUGACCCUGGAUUUUAUAGUAAGAGGAGAUAAGUACUCUUGAGAGCAAAAUAAAGAGUCGCUCUCUCUGCAUGGACUAUCUUACUAGACGGCAUACCGAUUUCACCUGGGCAGAGUGAGCUACGUGAACUACGAGUUCAAAAAUGCCAAGGAGGAAACAGCAGGCGCCGAAACGGGCUGCGGUAUACCAGCCAGAUGAAGAUGGCAUCAUGCGAGAGACCAUUCCUGAGAAUGAUGGAGAGAAUGACAUUCCAACUGAAGAAGAGGGUUCGGAGAAGAUGAGUCCCAAGGCCUCAGAGGACAAAGAGCUGGACAAUAAAAGCAGCAUAAGCUACAGCUACCAGAAUUCCCCUGUCAGUGUCCUUUCCAAUCAAGAGGCUGAGUUGGAGUCCCGUCUUAGCGAAGCUAGCGAUAGGCUCUCACUUUCAGACUUCAAAACGUCCUCACCACCAGCAAGUCAGAAAGAUGAGGAGAGCAGUGGUUCAAAACACAAGGACGAAAUGCAUAGCAGCCUGGAGAAAAUGAGAGCUGCAUAUGCAAAUUUCCUCUCAGAUUCCUACUGGACAGGGAUUGGAAUGGACUUGAAAAUUGGCAAAACCCCCAGCAAAGCCAAUUGCGACAGCACCAAUGGUAGCACCAAGAGUGAAUUUGACUGGCAUCAGGACGCCCUCUCAAAAACCUUCCAGCAAACACAUUCCCCAAAGCCAAUGUCUAAACCCAACCUCUUCAGCUCAGUUCACCUCUACAGACAAAGCAGCAAAGCAGGCGGGACAGUGUUCACGGGAGCCAGUCGGUUCAAGUGUAAGGACUGCAGUGCUGCCUACGACUCCAUUGUGGAUUUAACUGUUCACAUGAACAAGAGCGGACAUUACCAGGACAACAACCACAACAAACCAAGCAACGCCUCCAUGUCGUCCUCCAAAUCAAGAAAAAGACAUUUGCAAGACAUGGAAGGGAAAGAGGAUGCACAGAAAGUUCUAAAGUGUAUGUUCUGUGGCCAUUCUUUUGAAUCCCUCCAAGACCUGAGUGUCCAUAUGAUAAAGACUAAGCAUUACCAAAAAGUGCCUUUGAAAGAACCUAUGCCUGUACUUUCACCCAAAUUACUCCCACCAGCAAAGAAACGGGCCUACGAAGCCAACAGACCUUGUUCUCCUGAUUCUACCACAGGGUUAGCUGGCUACAGUGAAGCCCAACGAGCCGCAGCUAUUUCAAAUGCCAACAAUAAUCGUUAUGGUUAUCAGAAUGGAGCCAGCUACACUUGGCAGUUUGAGACAUGCAAGUCUCAGAUUCUAAAAUGCAUGGAAUGUGGGAGCUCACAUGACACCCUGCAACAGCUCACCACUCAUAUGAUGGUGACUGGACAUUUCAUCAAAGUUACAAACUCCGCCUCUAAGAAGGGGAAACAGUUAGCCCUCGAUCCCUUGGCUAUAGAAAAGAUGCAGGUGUUAGCCGAGCCUCUUGGUAAUGAUACUGAAAGCGAUAAAAUAUUUCCAAAAGCCUCCGCAGGGGAUGGUGAGAAAAAUAGCCAUAAGGAAGAAGGCACAUUGGAGAAAAUGGAAGAAAGUGGAGUGAAAGACAAUAAGGCAGAGGAUGACGAUCCGAAAGCAGGAGAAGGGGCACCGAAAUAUCCUUAUCUCCGCGAGGAGGACCUGGAGCAACAGGGAUCACCAGGUGGAGGAGGGGACAUCCUAAAGUCUUUAGCCAACACGGUGGCCUCUGCAAUCAACAAGGCUCAGACUGGAACCCCCAGCUGGAGUGCUUACCCCAGUAUUCAUGCUGCCUAUCAACUCUCUGGAAUCAUCAAGAGCAGUACUCCCCUUUCAGCAUCUCCCCCCAUACAGCUAAAGCAGACAUUUAACCACAAACUGAGACCGAUUGCCCCAAAAGGGAAGUUUUUUCAAAGUGCUGGGCGAGUUGACACUCCUCAGGGACAGAAACAGUUUAAAGAUGCAGACAUCAAAAAAGAAAAGGUUGGCAUUAGUGAUGGUAAAGAAAGUCAGAAUAGUAAGUUUGAUCUGGUGGAAAAUGAUGACAGCGAUUGUCAGGACGAUUCCUCUACCUCUUCAAAGCCUGAUGCAGGUUGUCUGAAUGAAGGGAGUGAUGUGAUCAAAGGGAAGUUGAGUCCUGAUUUCUCAGACAGAGGCAAGACACCAAGCCCACCUGCCAGCAAUGGACGAAGCACUACUUCGGAGCUUGUCAAUGACACCCCAGAAAUACUGGGCAUAAACCCUCUAAGUGCCCUGCAGUCCGUUCUGAACAAUCAUUUAGGCAAGGCAAAUAAACUGACCAAUUCAAGAUCUGAAAAUAGUAAAAUAUCUGGUCGAUCCCAAUUUAUAUUCUCUGAACUAAACAGGAGUAUGGAGAAACAAGCAGUGGUGCAUGCCACCCCAGCUAGGAACAAAGUUAACAAUGCAUUCCUGUUUACUAGCAGUGAUCAGCCAAUUGACCUGACAAAAUAUAAAUCUAACGAACCAAGUUCAUCCGAUGUACGGCCCUCUGCCCCAAUGCCGCAGAAAUAUGCACUUUCUGACAUUGCUGACAUGGUCAAAGUUCUUCCUAAAGCCACCACACCAAAAGCCUCCAUGCCAUCGAGGAUACCCACCAUGAAACUGGAAACUGAUGUGAGACGCUUUGAGGAUGUGACGGCAGAGGUUUACUCAGUUCACAAGCGAAAAGGAAGGCAGUCCAACUGGAACCCCCGGCAUCUUCUUAUCCUCCAAGCCCAGUUUGCCUCCAGCCUCUUUCUGACUUCUGAGGGCAAGUACUUACUCUCAGAUCUUGGUCCUCAAGAACGAAUGCACAUCUCCAAGUUUACCGGACUGUCCAUGACAACCAUCAGCCACUGGUUGGCCAAUGUGAAAUACCAACUUAGGAAAACAGGGGGGACCAAAUUUCUGAAGAGCAUGGACACUGGCCAUCCAAUCUUCUAUUGCAAUGACUGUGCUUCCCAGUUCAGGACACCACCAGCUUUUAUCUCCCAUCUGGAAUCCCAUCUAGGGUUCCAAAUCAAAGAUAUGUGCAAACUGCCUAUUGAUCAUCAGACGAGGGUAGAGGAGCCAGAACUGUCCAAGGCUCUCAGUUUCCAGGUGACAGAGACACUAGUAACAGAGGAUGACUUUGACGCUAAGUUCAAAUGUAAGCUUUGCUGUAGGACAUUUGCUAGUAACCAUGCGGUUAAACUCCACUUGAGUAAAACUCACAGCAAAUCACCUGAGAACCAUUCACAAUAUGUAGAAAUGGACAAAGAGUAGGGGUUGUUCAUUUUUGGUACCAUUUUGUUGUUAUUGAUUUUUUUAAAACGGGUCAGAUAUUUCAACCAUUUUUCCAGUAGCGUUCUGUAGUAUGCAUAAAGACAUUGAAAACAUUUAAUUAAACAAUUCAUGGACACACUGGCUAGACGGAAUCCUAAAAUGUUAAAUAAUACACCAACUUAUACCUUUGCACCCUGCUCAAAUGCAUCACCAGUAAUGAAAUGUAUUACUGCUUAAAAACAUAAUUGCUGAUGUUUGCAUGCAAUAGCUCUGGCUAUGACUACUAUUUAUUUAUAUGAUAUGUCAAGUUUCAAUUAUAUUGUUUCAAAAACAAAUUAAUGGAUAAAAUGUCAUUUUUAACUCCAGUGACACACCUGCAAAAAAAUGCAGCUGUUUUAAACAGGUAGCCAGACACGUUAACACAUUUGCUGAAUUGUAAAGUGUAUUGCUAUGUAAAAAUGUUUUGUGUUGCAAUGAUAUAACAGAAAAGCACUUUAAUAAAUGUUAAAUCACCAGUUUAGACUCCGAUUCUGUAAAUGAACCCAACAACUGUAGACAGGUUGGAAACAAUGAUGUCUUACAUGUAUAAAAAAGUAAAAUAUUUUAAGACAAAAAAAAUCUUAGUGUUUCGUUUGAAAAAAAAAUGACAUUGAGACAGAUGAUCCGUGCACCUUUUUUACCAGUUGAAAUAAAGAAUUAACAUUUGCUACCAGCAUUGUAAAUUUGCAUGAGUCUCCUGUCUUCUGAAAUAGAUAAACCAUAUAAUGUAUGUACUGUAUAGAGUAAUGUGUUGUUGGGAGUGCCUGUGUUCUUCACAACAAUUAAACAUUUCCUUCAGCUCCCUUAUUUCACAGCUAUUA